AUGGUGCAGUGCUUAGAAGGAGUGAAGCAUCUGCUUUCUGCUGUUGUGAAUUGCUGCGAUUCUGAAAUAUAUAAGCAGCCAGGGGGCUUGGAAAAUCCUGAAGCUCUAGCAAGGGAGACUGUGUUCAGUGUUAGUGAAAUCGAAGCAUUGUACGAACUGUUUAAGAAGAUCAGCAGUGCUGUGAUUGAUGAUGGGCUCAUCAACAAGGAAGAGUUCCAGCUAGCAUUAUUUAAGACGAACAAAAAGGAGAGCUUGUUUGCCGACAGGGUAUUCGAUUUGUUCGACAAAAAGCACAAUGGGUUGUUAGACUUUGACGAGUUUGCGCGUGCUCUUUCAGUCUUUCACCCCAAUGCUCCCAUUGAUGAUAAAAUUGAUUUUUCAUUCCAGUUAUAUGAUCUCAAGCAGCAAGGAUUCAUUGAAAGACAGGAGGUAAAGCAAAUGGUAGUGGCCACACUUGCUGAAUCUGGCAUGAAUCUUUCAGACGAUGUAAUAGAAAGUAUUAUCGACAAGACUUUUGAGGAAGCUGAUACCAAACAUGAUGGGAAGAUUGACAAAGAAGAGUGGCGGAAUCUUGUAAUGCGACAUCAAUCUCUCCUGAAGAAUAUGACUCUUCAAUACCUUAAAGACAUUACCACCACAUUCCCGAGCUUUGUAUUUCACUCUCAAGUCGAUGAUACCUAA